AUGGGGCACUACACCGUAAUCCAUGCCACACCUAGCGUUGAGAACUACAUCUCUCUUCGUGCCUUCACUGGCCUCACCCCAAAGACCCUACAAGCUGCGACUGUCGGACUCGCGAACACCCUCUUUGCAGUCCAGAUCGCCCAAUCCUCCUCCCCCAAUACCAUCCUCGGAAUGGGCCGUAUGAUAGGCGAUGGCGGCUGUUUCUUCCAAAUUGUCGAUGUUGCUGUUCUUCCGAGACACCAAGGCAAGGGUCUCGGGAAAAUGAUUAUGAAGGAGCUGAAAGACUGGAUGAAUAAGAAUGUACCCGAAAGUGGCACUGUGCUGUUGUUCGCAGAUGGACGGGCAAAUGAGCUGUAUAAGCAGUUCGGGUUUGUGGAGACGGCAGGCUUGACGCCCUCGAGUGUAGGGAAACAGUGGCGAAAGCUCUGGUCAUGUUUGCGGCACAGCAACUCUUUUGCUCAUGGUGGGCUUUUCAAGCUCUACGGGUAG